AUGACCUACAAUUGGUUAUGCAAUACUCAGCAUUUCGAUGGUUUGUUUUCUUUUUCGAAUAAUAUAAGAGUCGGCCUUUCUGCAGGAGUACAUGAAAACAGCCUCAUUGUCACGUUAGACAAAGAAUCUUCUUCGGAAUUGAAGAAGACGUGGCCAGCAGUACGACAACUAAACUGGGUUGUCCCUGGGUUGAAGGUAGCGAUAAGAUUGAAAAUUAUUAUUUUGAAUCCUUUCCAGGAUGCAUUCAACUAUGGUGACGGUUAUUACCAGCUUUUCUAUCUUUUCCGUGCAAAUCUUGCUCGAGCCCUUUUACAUAUGAACAAAACUUUCUGGAUGAUCCAACAGGUAUUUCUAGUUUAUUUUUUUUUUUGAUCUGUAACAAUUGAAACGCUCUGAUUCAACAGAACAAGAUGCUAUGCGCUGUUGUUAGUUUCAACCAGCGAAUUUUUCUCUGAAGCCCACUGUUUUUUUAGCAAGUUUGAAAUGAGAAUAUUUGCAAUCAUCCUUUAUUAAAGUAUUGCUUACAACUUUUUAAUAUAGAAUUCCACUUUUCUGAACCUUUCUGAAGCUGCGUUUUUUUUUUCCUGUGACCUGAGUAUUGAAAAAAACAGUCCUCACAACUCCAAAAAAUUUCAGAAAGGUUGAUAUCCUUUCAAGAAAGUUGUGACCGAAACUUCGUUUUUUGUAUCUUUUCUGACGCCACUGUAAGUUCAGUAAAAUUCGUGAAAUUCAAUGAAAGUAACUUCAACAUUUAUUCUACUUUUUCUUUCACUAGCGCAAAUAAAAAAAGUUUUUUUAUUCCGAAGUAUUGUAAUUUAUUUCAAUUUUUUAUCAAACGAAAAAAAUGAUGUGCUAUUGAACAAAUUUCUCCUAAAUUUUUUUCAGAGUAGCUGCCGUAAACUGUACUUUUUUUGAGCUUCCUAGGGCUUUUCCAGGAAUUUUCAGAAACUUUCUAGUCUUUGAAAAUUGAGAAAAAAUUUUUUAUGCAAAAAACUAUUUUCCUGUAUUCAGGACACUUAUUGGGAUGACAACCUUCUACGAAUGAAUUUCUCAAAUACUCACGAUGAUAUUGUUUUUGAUAGAGCUUCAGAAAACGGCCCACUGAUUGCAGGUAACUUCUUUGCAGUCCUUCUUUAUUAAUUUCCUCAUUUUCAGGUGGUUACUACCUCGCAAAACCUACAACAAGUGCCAGGGAAUAUUUCAAACGCCUUUCAAACGACAUUUCCUGGUGGUAUGCCCCUGACAACGCGUAUAUGACCUCCUUGUGUGAAAUUUCCGGCAUCGCGAAAUGUGGAGGUCUUCCUUUCAGGUUGAUUUCUAUCAAAUUAAAAAACUUACAUCUUCGAUUUCAGCCUGAUAACCAAUUGGCAAUGGUUAGACUCGCAGGGCGAAGUACCUCCAAAAUUCAUUCAGUUCGAUGGAGAGACCAAACUAGGCGGCAAACUUGAAAAGGUUCGUUUUCUCGAAAAAUCAAUUUCAAUUUUAUGAUUUCUUGUUUUACUUUCAACAUUCCAAGACCUCAUAAUUGGACUAGCGGACUGAUAAACACAGACGUAAAUAGUUUUUUGGUCUUUUUCUUCUGCAGUUCACACCCUCAAAAGUGAGAAAGAUAAAUGGAACUAUAGUGUUUUAAGAUAACAAACGGUUUCGUUGAAAUGAGAAGAUUUCGGACGUCCUCAGUGUUAACAGGAAAAGUUGUUGAAAUUUUGAUUUUUCAGAUGCGGCGACUCGGUUUUUUGUUUCUUAACGAAGACAGAAGGACUUGUAAUCAAUCAGCGGUAGAGGUAAACUUGAAAAAAAUUAGAUUGAUUUCUUCCUAGUAAAAAAAUAUGAAUUCCGAGACAUUGAUAUUAGAAAAAAAGAGAGAAAGUUGUUUUUUGGAGUGCAGAAAAGCUCUAGUUUGUGGAAAUUGCUUGUCUACGAUGAAAAAUUAAGAUUUUUUUUCAAGCGGUUGGCUUCAAGUUUUUCAAACCGAAAUGGAGUUUGUCUGAGAAUCGGUGAUUAAAUUAAGUACGAGUUCGAAUUAAAACCUUUUGCUAUGAAAAUUUUCAUUUUCAAGUACGAAUUCCAGGCUGCUCCAAAAGUCCUGCACUCGAAAAUUUCGAAGUGGAACCAGGUGGCGUCUUACAGCCACUCGCAAUUCAAACUAUACCAAAGUAUCGUCGAUUCCUUCUACUCGAAUCCUGUUUCGAGCUGGCUUCUGAACCGUUUUGUGCUCCCCUACGCCCAUUAUUGCAUGCUUUCUCUCUAA